UUAUAUGCCUAGUCUUUUUUUAUCUUUGACUCGAAGAUGAGAGACGCUUAUCGCGAUACUACCAACUCUUUUACAGCUGGACGAACCACUCCUUCCAUCUCGGAUAUUCCUUACUAUCUCUCCUGCCAAUUCGAUUCAGAAGUUGCGAGAUUACUUUUCAUUCAUUUUCUAGGUUGCAUUAUCGUGAAUCCUCCUCAGCCGCGGGGUGCGGAUCUACCUGUGGAACAUACAUUUUAUAGUUGUUUACCCAGUAUAUUCCUCGUGGUAAGCAGACCGACUACGACCUUGACAAAGUGGCUAACUCACGACCCUAUUCAUCCGGUGCCUCCUCCCGCGGGCUGAACAGCAGCGUGGAAAGAGGAAGAAGGUAAC